CAUUUUUUUACUCUGAUUUGCAUACCCUACAAGCAUUUCUCAAGCGCAGUCGUCCUGAGAGGUUCUGAUAUAAAUAAUUGGUUUAAGGGAUCUGAGGUGAGUUAACUCUAAUUUUUGUAUAUGACUAUCAGCGUCACCUUUAACCAAAUUUUUUUCAGCAGAACGGUAUCGCAGUUAAGGAUGUCAAGCACACUCUUCAUUUUCCUAUCAGCAGCACUUUUUCAAGUCUCGCUGAGUAUUGAGUACAAUUAUAACUUUUCAGACACCACCAAUGGUCCUCUUGGUUGGGCCAAUACCUUCCCGGUUUCUUGUAAAGGCUCCAGACAAUCACCAAUUGACAUUAAGGCUUCAGAAGCUAGCUAUGAUGACUCCUUGGGUAAACUGACCUUCACCAACUAUGACAACGUUCCUUCAGGAUCCAUGCUCAAGCUCGGUAACAAUGGCAAAUCCUACAGGGUGUUUUUUGAACCCAACACGUUCUUGGUGUCCGAAGGAGGUCUGCCUGGCAAGUUCUACACUCACAACAUUCAUUUCCACUGGGGGGCGGAUAACACCAAUGGAUCCGAGCAUACGAUUAAUGGAAAGAAGUUUCCGCUUGAGCUCCAUUUUGUUAAUGUGAACACAAAGUAUCCAAACGUGUCAGAGGCGUUAAAAAACGAAGAUGGACUUGCAGCACUUGGCGUCCUUUAUGAGGUUGGAGACGAAAAUCUGGCGCUUAAACCUUUCUUACAAUACACAGCUAAUGUGACUUACAAAGGCCCAGAUAUCUCGAACGUGACCAUGACCCAAGCUUUGCACUCCCUUCUUCCCCCAAACACUAGUGACUUCUAUAGAUAUGAUGGCUCUCUGACUACACCAAGCUGCCAAGAAGUAGUCACAUGGACUGUGUUUAAGAACUAUCUAACAAUCUCCCAAGCACAGCUGAACAUGCUUCGAAGCCUUAGAGCAGACAACACCACUAURCUGGUGGACACAUUUCGCCCUGUUCAACCUCUAGGUUCUCGUGUUGUUAAGAAAACAUUUAAAACUGCGACCAMCAGCCAUGGAGAAGCGUCUCACGUGACUAACGCCAUGACGAUAAUUAUGUCCAUUGUCAUGGCAACGGUUUUGUCCAAGUAGUGUACCACAUUUUCUGUUCAGUUUUUUGAAAUAGUGUGCAAGCUUUUACAAGGCUUUUUUAGUAUUAAUACAUAAGUAUUUCAAGCGUUCUUAAAAUUUUUUAAGCCAAAACGUUUUACGUUUGCAGAAAUAAGCACAAUUUCAGCACUUCCAUUUAGCCACGAAGCCUAAUCAUUUUUUUAAAUAAAAUAGACUGCGUGAUGAUGAGCUAUGCUAAGCGAAAUACUGAUCGUGAAUAAUUGAUAAAAACAUACCCACCUUUGCAAUAAAAUAUGUAACUCAUUAAUAAUGGCGUCACUUAUCAAAAGCUUAUCAGCAACGCUGCUCCCCCCUCCCCCCCUAACGUGAUGGCCUGAAAAUCAAUAAUUUUAAGACUAAGGAAAAUUGAGAAAGAGUCUUGCAAUUUUUCUCGAUUCUGAUUGGCUAACAUUGUUUUUCUCAGAUCAGCUUGAAGUGCAGGAUGUAUAGAAGGGGAGGGACUGGUAAUCCAUUUGUAAGGACAAUGAACCGUUUCGAGCAUGGAUAUAAGGAUAUUAGCUAUUCAAAAGCUGAGGACCAAACUGUGUCGAGUUGACAUUGCAGUGCAUUAUGGGACUCACCUACAAUAUUCCCAUGAUGCACUGCAAUGCCAACUCGACCCAGUCUAAUCCUCAGCCUCGGAAUGGCAGAUAGGCCGAAUGGAAAGUAAUGAGUUUAUGAUAUUUUCCAUCAGUAUUGUACGAUUCCGAUUUGAUUAGU